UACCUAUAAAAUUUUUCCAUUACCCUUUCAGAUGAAGAUCAUGUUCUCUCCAAUAAUUCCGUACAGCCUGCAUGGCGUUCCAACUACAAGCCCGAUAGCACAGAAGCCAUGACUGUUACCACAACCGAUUUGGUUAGUUGGGCCUUUCAAGUGGCGCGCGGCAUGGACUAUUUAUCGUCACGUAAAGUGUUGCACGGCGAUUUGGCUGCACGUAAUAUUUUACUCUGCGAGAAUAAUGUGGUGAAAAUAUGCGAUUUUGGCUUAGCACGCUCCAUGUAUAAAAGCGAAAACUAUAAGAAGCAAGGUGAAGCGCCCUUGCCCAUCAAAUGGCUAGCUUUGGAAUCGCUUAGUGAUCACGUAUUUAGCACCUACACUGAUGUUUGGUCAUUUGGUAUUGUUUUGUGGGAGUUCUUCUCAUUGGCGAAGGUCCCCUACCCCGGUAUGGAUCCAAAUCAGAGUUUGUAUUUAAAAUUGAAGGAUGGAUAUCGCAUGGAAAAACCACCAUUCGCCAAUGAUGAGCUAUAUGAUAUUAUGUUGGAAUGUUGGAGUACGAAUCCGGAGUGUCGUCCACUAUUCCAUGUGCUAGAGAAAUAUUUUGCGCGCAUGCUAGGCGAUGAUGUGACAAAUGUAAGUAAAAUACAAUUUUUUUUUUAUAUACCCUGGUCUGAAUGUCGUUCGCUGAAUAUAGCGGCUAGCUAAGCUAAGUAGGUUGGGUUAGGUUAGGAUAGACGGGCAGGAAUUCAGUCAGAGGCCGCAUAGACCCAGCACCACGUUUCCUCAUAUCAGAUUUUCUAGAGAAUUCUAGCAAACCCCUUAAGACUUUUCCCUCAGCAUUUUCUCCGGAGUGCAAAGAUUCUAUAUUUUGCUUAUCUCUUCCACUUCCGCAGAGCUCUUACUUGCCGUGGGUCCUUAGCCUUACAAAGCCGCAGCACAUAAUUCUGGUAAAUGUUUUGACAGAACACUGCCCGAUCGCAAUUACUGCGGUGAGAAUAGGUGCACUCGCGUAUUGAUAGUUGUCAAAAACUACCAGGUUUUGCUGUUCGCGUACACAAAAAUUUUCCAGCAAGACAAAAAGCUGAUCAGAGUAAUCUGUUUGCAACUUAUGAAAAUGAAAUUUUAUGUUUAAAAUAACUUUUUAGGACUAAAAUGUUUCGGAAGAAAGGAAAUACUCAUUUACUUACAUUCGUUUGCUUAGCAAAUUGCUUAAGGAAAACUUUUAAUUUAAAUUCUUUUCAUGUUUUUUCAUUAUAUGCUUUUGCAUUUAAACGAAAUUUCGAUCAGCUGUACUAAAAACUUGCAAGUGUUUGCUAGUUUUGCGUUCGCGUACUUUUGCAAUCAUUUUUCUUCUUGUGAGAGAAGAGAAAAAAAUUCGUUCACGGCUAACAUCGUUUUUUCGUGAUAGAAGAGCAGUUACCGUUAAAUAGAUUUUAGUAACAUAAGGGACUGAUGUUUUAUACUCCAAGUGAGCCUCAUAUAU